UUCCCAUUUCCCAUUAUUACUACAAUUCUAUUCCCCUCUUUCUUCUUGUUGUUGUCGUUGGUGCUGCUGCUGUUGUUGUCCACUCAUCAAUGGCGCCACCACCUCAAGGGUAAACUUCUUCCUCCUGGUUCAAUGGGUUGGCCUUAUAUUGGCGAGACUCUCAAGCUUUACACUCAGAAUCCAAAUUCCUUCUUUGCCAACAGGCAAAAAAGGUACGGGGAUAUAUUCAAAACUCACAUAUUGGGGUGUCCUUGUGUGAUGAUUUCAAGCCCCGAGGCAGCGAGGAUUGUUCUGGUGACACAGGCUCAUCUUUUCAAGCCGACGUAUCCACCGAGCAAAGAGAAAAUGAUAGGGCCUGAGGCACUAUUCUUUCACCAAGGUGCUUAUCAUUCAAGGUUGAAGAAGUUGGUCCAGGCUUCUCUUUUACCCUCUGCGAUUAGAGGCUCGGUUUCAGAGAUUGAACAGAUUGUUUUCAGAUUUUUACCCACUUGGGAGAACACCACCAUUAACACCUUGCAAGAAAUGAAGAGAUACGCUUUUGAUGUGGCAAUGAUUUCUGCCUUUGGUCAUAAACGAGACAAUGAGAUCAAUGGAAUCAAGCAGCUCUAUCAAUGCCUGGAAAAGGGUUACAAUUCCAUGCCUAUAGAUCUUCCAGGAACUCCUUUCCAUAAAGCAAUGAAGGCUAGGAAGCAGCUGAAUGAGACCCUGAGAAGAUUGAUACAAGAAAGAAGAGAAAAUGAUAAACCAGGAGGCGGGUUACUGGGAAAUCUGUUGGGGGCCAAAAUCCACAAGGUUGAUCAACUCAGUGAUUCCCAGAUUGCUGAUAAUGUUAUUGGAGUUAUCUUUGCUGCUCAUGACACCACUGCAAGCGUUUUAACCUGGGUUUUAAAGUACUUGCAUGACAAUGGAGAUUUACUAGAAGCCGUCACAAGAGAACAAGAAGAUAUUCAACGCAUAAUUGAAGAAAACCGCAGGCUUGCGUGGGAUGAUACAAGGCACAUGCCAUUGACUACCAGGGUGAUUCAAGAGACACUAAGAAGAGCAAGUAUUCUGUCAUUCACGUUCAGAGAAGCAGUGAAAGAUGUUGAGCUUGAAGGCUAUCAUAUCCCAAAAGGUUGGAAAGUUCUUCCUCUCUUCAGAACCAUUCAUCAUUCUGCAGAUUUCUUUCCUCAACCUGAAAAAUUCGACCCUUCAAGAUUCGAGGUGGCACCGAGACCCAACACCUUUAUUCCAUUCGGCAAUGGAGUUCACUCUUGUCCAGGUAGUGAGCUGGCAAAGCUUGAGAUGCUGGUUCUUCUCCACCAUCUCACCACUACUUACAGGUGGCAAGUUGUGGGAGAAGAAGAUGGGAUCCAGUAUGGUCCCUUUCCAGUGCCUAAACGGGGCUUACCUGUAAAGGUUACCCCCUACAAAAAAUAAACCCCUUUUCUCUUGCUUUAUUAUUUUUUUUUGCUUGUAAAAUUCGUCGUCUUUUCUAAUUGGUCAUGGUUUAUUUGGGUAAAAGUAAAUGUAUGGUGUAUAAGAAAACAAGCAAAAUGAAAGAAAUGUGUCUGCAUUGGUGCAUUUGAAGAUCAAAUCUGUGUGGCUUCCAUCUUGGAUGAAGUAGUUAUCAAUAUUACCAGAUAUUUUCGCUCA